CCCGCAGCAGCUGCUGUCCCUGGUCUAGGCACCUCCUGCUCUCGCCAUGGCGCUGCACUGGGCCCUGGAAGCCCUGUGCCUCCUCCCACUGCUGAACCCUCAGAACCCAGCCUGCACCAAUGUCACAGCCAUGCCCAUCACCAGCGCCACGCUGGACUGGCUCAAUCGCAGGUGGUUUCUUGUCGCCUCUGCCUUACGGAAACCUGAGUACAAGCAGGGGGCUCAAGAUUUGCAGGCAGAGUUCUUCUACUUUGACACACACCCCAGGGAAAAUGCUGCAACCAUCAGGGAGCACAUGACCAUCGGGGACCACUGCAUCCAGAACUCGACCUUACUCACAGUGCAGAGGGAGAAUGGAACCUUGACCAAAGUUGUGAAUGAUAAGGUGUAUGUGGCCCACCUACUGCUCCUACGGGACCCCCAGAGCUUCAUGCUGGGCUUCCACCUGGAUGAUGCGCACAACCGCGGCCUGGUCUUCUACACUGACAAGCCAGAAGCGUCACCUGAGCAACUGCAGGACUUCCACGAGGCCAUUGAGUGUGUGGGCCUGAACACAUCAGAGAUCCUGUAUGUGGACUGGAAAAAGAACAAGUGUGAGCUGAAGCAGCAAGAGAAGACGAAGGGAGAGCAGGAGGCCUAGGAGGACAGCGCCUGGCGGCACCUCGGGCCUGGGGCUGUCUGCCCUCUGCCCUGUGUGACCCUGUGCCCCUGCCUUGUCUCCUCAUGAAUAAAGAUCUCACUGGGGACAGUCA